CAUCUGGGCAUUCCGGUGUAUGGUGUAUGGCAUACAGAUGCGGAGCGACCUGGAGCAAAUCGGGACAUCGAGCAAAUCGGCAGUGCUUUGUUGGACCGCCGAACUGUGGGACCAGCACAGCCAGCGAAUUCAGAUUUCGCAUUUUUAGAAAUGUAUUCAGUGCAGGGGCGACAUUCGCAGCGGCAACGAAAGCGACAGCCAUAGCAUACCCAUCCACCCACACACUUGCACCUUGGCAUCGGGCACCUGGCACCUGGCACCUGGCACCCUGGCACCCUGGCACACAUACGCAGCUCACCAAUACAGGCGCGAACAGAUAGAAGAGAGAGUGCGGGAGAGAGCAUUGAAGAAAGUGGUCAAGGAGGAAAGCUAGAAAGGCGUGUGCGUGUGCGUGUGUGUGUGUGCUUGCUGUGAAUGCACGCCGGAAAUGGCCAAAUUAGUGACAUACAUCUUCAUCGCCAGCUCCCUGGUCCUCUGGUACCUCCUGCUGUUCGGUGGCAGGGGCGUCCGGGGCGUCAGGGGCGUGGAGGCCACCAACGGGCACGGGGGUCAGCUGGAGGGACGCGACUUUCAUCACCACGGCGGCAGCCACCACAUUCGCCGUAACAUAAAUCACUGCUGGCGCCGUUACGAUGGCUACAACCUGCAGAACACUGUGGUCAACAAAAAGGAGCAGCUGAAGAAGCCCUAUGGCAUAUUGUGCAACUUCAAGUGCACCUGGUUCUUCACCGUCAGCUUCCCCACUUGCGAGUUCAUCUACGACUAUAAGUUAUCCUGCGUGCUGUUCACUUCACUGCCCGACUGUACCAGCGUCCAGUGUACGCUUAUGAAUUACUUCGAUUAACUAGUGUAUCUUUUUAAGCAUCUUUUUUUUUGAUAGCCUAAGUCUGACUAAUACUAGAUUUUAUAUGGACGUGUAGUGCGAGCUAGAAAGAAAGUAUUAUUAAAUCAAAAGACCUAAUUUACGAGAA